AUGUUAUCGUAUUGUGAAAUAUUUCAAACCAUAUUUUUUUAUCGUAGGAUACGGCAAGCUUCCGGAGGCCAGCAAUCCAUUCAAUUAGGGGAUUCCUAUACAAAUUGUAGUAGAUCAAAGCAGGUGAUGUCAGCUCAAUACCCCGAUUAUUCCACUUACGUAGAUCCUCUUGCUGUUGGAGCAGGAGGGGAUAUUUCUGCUACAAAUUAUUGGGCAAAUCCUUAUCCACCAUUGGGAUAUCAAUCCUCUUUAUUGCCGAUCUCCAAUGCUGGUGAUGUUAGCAGUUCAACUCAAGCUAAUACUGAUUAUGGAUCGUCAGCUACUGUAUCUGGGUAUCCUUCUGCGGGAAUACCGCCUGUCUCGGCAACAGUUUCUUCAGCUACCUCAGUUGCCCAGUCAGCUGAUGUUCUUGAAUUGGGAAAAUUGCCAACAGCUUAUUCUACGCCAUCUACUGCACCAAAUGAUCCCUUGUCAGCUAUGUAUUCACCUUGGGGUUAUUCUUACAUGCCACCCCCACCGGGAGACGAUAAAACGGGUUUAACUACUUCAGCUACUGCUCCUUACCCCGGAAUUCUUGGUUACUCUGGCUUUGGUCAAGCAGCUGAUGCAAAUGAAUUGGCUUUAGGGCCUCCGUUUUAUCCUCAACAGCCUCAGGUUGCUUCAGCUCUUGCGGAAUCUGGUGCUGGCGCCAAUUCUGCUCCCCCUACUGACGCUUCUGUCUACGCUCCUUCACAUUGCCUAUCUUCCUCUCAACAUUCACCAUUUGAUUAUAAUGGUCUUCAUGGUAGCGGAGCAUCUACUGCUGGUCUUUCUGCUUCAAUGCCCAUACGUCCUGGUUCUUCAAAAAGAAAGUCGAAAGGCAUGCGUGGAGAUUCUGAUGAUGAAGGAAGAUCUUGUGAUGAAAAAGAUGUCGAUAGAAGAUCAGCUAACAAUGCUAGAGAAAGAGUUCGCGUUCGUGACAUAAACUCCGCAUUCAAGGAAUUGGGUCGAAUGUGUGGUCAGCAUAUGCCGGGAAAUCAAGAGAAGGCUCAAACUAAGCUGGGAAUUUUACAUCAAGCAGUACAAAUAAUUACUACUUUGGAGGAGCAAGUUCGUCACCGGAAUUUGAAUCCCAAAGCAGCUUGUCUUAAACGGAGAAGCGAUGAAGAUGUAAAAUUGCAACCUCAAGUCAUAGGUGACACGAAACCCCUCAUUGAUCAGCCUUUCCAAGCUCAGAACAUGAACACCUUUCACUAA